AUGUCUUAUCUACAAAACUCGCUGCGGAGAUUCCGCCGCACGCAAACUCAUAAUGUCGACACUUUGCGGUUACAGCCGCUUGCUGAGCUGUCUGGCUCGCUCGGAGACCUGGGGACGUUACUACCGCUCAUGACUGCACUGGUUAUAUCGAAUUCGAUAUCGUUACCCUCCACACUACUCUUCACGGGAGCGGCCAACAUCCUCACGGGCCUUUCCUUUGGUCUACCUCUUCCGGUUCAACCCAUGAAAGCCAUUGCCGCAGUAGCCAUUGCACGCAAGUUUUCCCUCAACGAGAACGCAGCAGCCGGGAUAGUGGUAGCAGCAUUGGUAGGCUUCUUCAGCGUCACAGGUCUGCUCAACUGGGCAAACCGCGUGACGCCCAUUCCAGUUGUCAAAGGCAUCCAAGUUGGAGCUGGACUCUCUCUAUGCCUCAGUGCUGGAUCAAACAUGCUUCUCCCACUGACUUGGACCGGCCCAUGGUGGGGUGACAAUCUCCUCUGGGCCCUCGCAGCAGUCCUCUUGCUCCUCUGCACCUUUGCAUAUCCCCGCAUGCCAUAUGCAAUGAUCGUCUUCACAACCGGCAUCAUUCUCUCCCUAGCAUCGCCCCAGGACGCAGACAUCACAGUACCCGAAGCAGCAAUCCCCAUUCUCCACCCUUCAAGCCACGACUUCUGGACCGCAAUCUCAACUGCUUCGCUCGGCCAGUUCCCCCUCACAAUUCUCAAUUCCGUCAUCGCUGCUUCAGCCCUAGCAGCUGAUUUCUUUCCUUCCCCACCUUACCCCAUCGCCCCCACCGUGACGGAACUCGGCGUCUCAGUCGCCGCAAUCAACCUUGUAGGCUGCUGGUUCGGCGCCAUGCCCGCCUGCCACGGAUCCGGCGGCCUCGCCGGUCAAUACCGCUUCGGCGCCCGCAGCGGCUCAAGCGUUAUUUUACUCGGCUCUCUGAAAUUCACACUAGGUCUCAUCGCCUUUUGGAAAUCACCUUCUAUCAUCACACUUCUCGCUAAUAUCCCUAAAUCUCUGCUCGGUGUCCUGGUCCUCGCUGCUGGUCUGGAACUCGCAAAAGUAGGCGAGAGUGUGAAUACCGAUGCGCGGGACUUGCGCGUGCUGGAGCGGGAUCUCACCUGGGAUGGCAAGAGGGUGAGGGAGCUGGAUGAGCGGGACAGGAAGGAGAGAUGGACGGUUAUGCUGGUUACGGUUGCCGCGCUGCUUACUUUCAAGAACGAUGCUGUCGGCUUUGUGGCGGGGCUCGCGUGGCAUUGGGGAUUUGAUGUUGCGAGGAGGGUGCAGGGGUGGAGGCAUGGCGAGAGUGAGGGCAGGGUGUGGAUGACGGUUGGACAUGGAAGGGAUGAGAGUACGGGCUUGUUGGCGCAUACGGAGUCGGAUACUGUUGCAUAA